CUCAACCCCACACACAUAGAGCCCCCCAAAAACAUCACAAUCAAAAUGCCAAAACUACCCUUCUCUCUCUUCCUUCUUCUUUCUCUUCUCUACAACUUUUCACUGCUUUUGCCAACCUCUGCAUCCUCCUCCUCCUCGGCCUCUUCCGCUUGCAAGUCCACCCUCUACCCGAAACUAUGCCGUUCAAUCCUAUCCACCAUCCAAUCCUCCCCCUCCGAUCCCUACAACUACGGCAAGUUCUCUAUCAAACAAUGCCUAAAGCAAGCACGCAAGACAUCCAAAGCCAUCGACCAUUUCCUUCACAAGACCAAAUACAAGUCGGUCCUCGUAAACCACAGUGAGCGGAACGCGCUGGAGGACUGCCUCGAGUUCUCGGAGCUCAACGUGGAGUUCUUGGAGGCGAUCUCGACGGAGCUGAAGUUCGCCGAGUCGCUGAACGAGGCGCUGGUGGACAAAGUGCAGACGCUGCUGAGCGGCAUUGUGACGAACCAGCAGACUUGCUACGACGGGCUCGUGGCGUCGAAGAGCACAAUUUUGGGAAACGACACGUCGUUGGCUACGGCGUUUGUGAAUGCUACGCAGUUGUAUAGCGUGUCGCUUGGUUUGGUCACGCAUGCAUUGGCUCGUAAUCUCAAGAAGCAUAAGAAAGACAAGGGCUCUGAUCACGGUGGAAUCAAAGCACGCAAAAUUCGGGAGCCACUUGAAACUUUCAUUAAGGCUCUACGGAAAAAUCCUGCCAAAAAAUCCACUGCUUCACAAAGAGGGGAACGAAUUCUUGAGCAAAUGGAGAGCAGUGGCAUUCUAGUAAAUGACACCGUGAUUGUGGGCUCUUAUGGUACGGACAACUUCACAUCCAUUGGAGAAGCCAUUGCUUUUGCUCCCAAUAAUUCAAAGGCUGAAGAUGGAUAUUUUGUGAUUUAUAUCAGAGAAGGAUACUAUGAGGAGUAUCUCGUGGUCCCCAAACACAAGACCAACAUAAUGCUGCUUGGCGAUGGCAUUAACAAGACUGUCAUUACUGGAAACCAUAACUUUGUUGAUGGCUGGACUACCUUCAAUUCUUCCACCUUUGCUGUUUCUGCAGAACGAUUUAUAGCCAUAGAUAUUACAUUCAGGAACACAGCUGGUCCUCAGAAGCACCAAGCAGUAGCUGUGAGAAACAAUGCUGACCUCUCCACAUUUUACAGAUGCAGUUUUGAAGGCUAUCAGGACACACUAUAUGUACAUUCCCUAAGGCAAUUCUAUAAAGAAUGUGAUAUAUAUGGAACUGUGGAUUUCAUUUUUGGGGAUGCUACUGCUGUCUUCCAGAGCUGCAACUUAUACGCUCGAAAGCCGAUGGCUAACCAGAAAAAUGCCUUCACGGCGCAAGGACGAUCUGAUCCGAAUCAGAACACCGGAAUCUCCAUCCACAACUGCACAAUUGAAGCUGCACCAGACUUGGCACUGGACCUCAACUCCACUUUAAAUUAUCUGGGAAGACCUUGGAAGUUGUAUUCUAGGACUGUUAUCAUGCAGUCUUAUAUUGGCCCGCUCAUCAGUUCAGUUGGAUGGUUGGAAUGGAAUGGGACAGUUGGCUUGGACACCCUGUACUAUGGUGAGUUUCAGAACCACGGGCCCGGCGCGAAUACGAGCAAGAGAGUACAAUGGCCUGGUUAUAAUCUGAUGAAUGCUUCACAAGCUGUGAAUUUUACUGUCCUUAAUUUCACUCUUGGUGAUACUUGGUUGCCUGACACAGAUAUACCCUUUUAUGGAGGGUUACUCAAAUAGAGAACUGAAACUUCCAAGUGAUAUAAAUCUUUGUAUUGAUUGUAUUUAUUGCUUGAACUUUAGUUUCCAUCAAAGCCAAAAAGUUGUAUUACAAAUUUGCUGUGCAAGAACAAUCGGAAAGUAUAAUAAGGGAGACAAAACAGUCAUGAUCAAAAAAGAGAAGCAGAAAAUAAAUUGAAAAAA